UGUAGUUUCCACUAUCUUGGGAGGAAUGCACAGGUCGAACCGCGUCCCAUAGUUCAGGAAGGAGUCCUCGGUUGUUCGUGCGCGCUGCGGAGUAGUUGUGCUGGCUAAUUGCUGCCUGCCUGGUUCUGUCUGGUUGCUGAUUUUCUGAAGGUUUCCAGCCGAAAAACGGUCCUGUGAAAAUCGGAGAGAGGGGCCUGUGAGAGAGAGGUAAUGGGUUUGUCAUGGCAACCCGGAUUGCUUUGGGUGGCGCAAGCUUAGCCGUUAGGUAGCUAUGAAGGGCCUGUAUUGGCAGCAGACUUCAUCUGUGGAAGAAACAAAUUUUGUCUUCUUGGAGAAGGAUAACCUUCCUGUUUUGAAAGACAGCUAUGUGAAAGUACAAGUUAAAGCCUGUGCGCUCAACCGGAUUGAUACAAAGCUUUUAUCAGAAAUCAAGAUGGAGAAGGAAUUUCUACCUGUCGGGAGGGAAGUUGCUGGUGUUGUAUUGGAGAUUGGGAAAAAAGUGUCCUCCUUUCAGGCAUAUGAUGAGGUAGUGGGAAUUUUGCCUCUGGAUUCCAAAGAGUCUGGUUUGUGUGAAGUUAUUGUUGUUCAUGAGCAUUAUUUAGUUCAUAAACCGGAAAAGGUCUCCUGGCUUGAAGCAGUGGGGACCAUUCGUGACGGUGUUCGUGCAUAUACAGCUCUACACUACCUUUCCUACAUAUCUCCUGAAAAAACUGUGCUUGUAAUGGAUGGAGCAAGUCCAUUUGGCACAAUAGCUAUUCAGUUAACACAGCACAGAGGAGCCAAGGUCAUUUCUACUGUGUAUAGUCUGGAAGACAAACAAUAUCUUGAGAGGCUUUCACCUCCUUUGGCUCGUAUUAUAGAUGAGUCAAACGGAAAGUAUGACCUGACAGAAAGCUGUUUGGAGGAAACUGGAGGAUUGGGAGUGGAUAUUAUCCUUGAUGCAGGAGUGAGAUUAUACAGUAAGGAAAAUGAAACAACUUCACAACAAUUGCUACCACACAAACAUGACAUCAUUAUGCUGCUCAGUGUUGGAGGCCAUUGGGUUACUACAGAAGAAAAUCUUCAAUUGGAUCCUCCAGAUAGUCAUUGCCUUUUCCUCAAAGGUGCUACAGUCUCUUUUCUGAACGAAGAAGUAUGGAAUCUGUCAAAUAUGAAACAAGGAAAGUAUCUUUGCAUUCUAGAAGAUAUAAUGGAGAAGUUAUCAAGUGGUGUUUUUAGGCCUCGUGUGGAUGAACCAGUCCCAUUGUAUGAAGCUAAAGUUUCUAUGGAAAUGGUUCAGAAGAAUCAAGCAAGAAAACGACAAGUUGUCCAGCUGUAAAGCACAAAUUCCUAGCUUCUGAGGUUGCAUGAGGUAUAGCAUUAUGCGCUUUUGUAUAGUGUAUAUGUAUAAAAUAGUGAUAAUUGAAUGAAUAAAUCUUUCGGUAAUGAUGCAGCUACUGUUUUAAGAUUCUUUGUAAAUCUUGGGGAGAAAUGUGAGAUUUUAUAUCAGAGCUUUCAUUUUGCCUGUACCCAUGUUUAAAAUAUAAAAUUGAGUCUUAAUCUUCUCUCGCUCACCUCACCCUGGAAAUAAAAUAUUUGUCUUGAAGAGGCAA